UCCUUCUGAAUGGAUAAUAAAGUGGAGAAUCAUUUUGAGGCGAGGAGUGAAGCGGGGAGGCUGCGUGUGUGUGAGGAGCUAGGCAGUAGGCAGCUGACGAGGAGGAGUAAAGUAGCAAUAGCUGCACAGCUUUCUCUCUGCCUCUGAAGUACAAUAUUUUCUGUUGAGUCACAACUGAAGAGAAGGAUGAAGUUUUAACUGUACUUGGUACAGCCUGAGAAAGGGAAAAGAUGCACUGUGGUGGGGAACUAAAGAAUUUCUGUUGAGGGAUGCUCCUGGAAACCAAAAGGAUUUCUUCAUUUUUGGCUUUUACAAUUGUUGGCUUCUGCUGUUUUUUGCUUUUUGGAUUUUUAGUAGCUGUUUGCAUUUUUUAUCCCCUUCAAAACAUGCCUUCAACUUUAUGUGAUUUCUCAUCCUAGUGCUGCUGUGGAACGGGAAACUCUCGGUGCCUUUAAAAUUGCUUUCCCUGAUACCUCAGAUGGGACACCAACAAUAUGUUGAUAAUCUCCAUAGUAAAAGUUCAUUAUCCGGUGAACCUUUAACAAGAUUAGGAAUCCUUCAGGACCUGUAUUUUCUAUGAGAACAAGCUAUUGUAUUCUGUAGUUUUCUAUUAAUUCUAUAAAUUUCCUUUACAUUUUAACCUUUUGUUUUAUUUUGAAGCAGCAAGCUGCUUCAUGACAGAAUAAAAACUGGAUGCGAGUUGUGAUUGAUGUGUGCUUUUGCAGCUUGUAGCACUAUGAGAAACGCAGGUGCAGCUGAUGAUGUUUGCUAGAAGUAGAUUGAAAAAGCAAGAAAAUGAAAUUUCACUUCUGCACAGAAAACCUGUUGUAAAACUGUGGGGCAGGAAGCAAUUCCGGAAGCAAAAACUCCAUUUGUUUCUGCGGGACAAAAUGAAGAGGCUUCUUCAAGGCCAGGUAGAUGAUAAUUCAAACCACGCACAUCGCUGCCAGCUAUCCCCAGUGGAGAUUGAAACAGACGUGUUUGUUUGUGGAAUAAAGAGGAGCCCCGGGAGCACUGAAUUCUCCACAGCUGGAGGGGACUUUCAUCAGGAUGAAGGACGUGAUUCCAAAGGAGUGAGUGAAGUUUGUGUUGGUGAGGUGGAACUGAACUGGGAUGGCUAUGUGAAAAUACCAUGUUCGGUUCAACAGAACAAGAAGGACUCGCAGGGAAGUUCUUCUGAACAGACCUCGUCUGAAAUAAAGAGCAGAGUGUCUGAGGGGCAGGACCUUUCUUCCCUGAGCAUUACCAUGAGCUGGAGGGAUGCAGCUGAAAGGCAAGGGUGCUUUCCCCAGGAAAAGCCCACUGCAUACAAGAGCCGUAGAAGGCAAUCAAGAGAUCGCUCAGCUGAUGUGGUUGAUUACAUUGUUAAAGAACUCCAGGGAAUAAGUCGAAUCCAGACGGAGAUCGCAGAGCUCCGUCAGCACCUCACCUUGAUAAAAGGCUCUGUGGAUGAAGUCUCCAGCUGCGUGGAUACAGUCUUGAGCGAGAUAGAAGGCCUACAAGGUGGUUCCAGUGGCAAGACCCAGGGUACACAUGCUCGAGAGCCAAGAAAGGAGGUACAAAAGGAAGAACCAGUAUUAUAUUUUUAUGGCAUCCCAGAGAAAGAUGGUGAAAACACAGUAGAGCUUAUCUGCAGCUUCUUGUCUGAGUAUCACUGCUUCAAUGGUAUUCAGUGCAGUAAGUAUAUAAAAGAUGCUUAUAGAUCAGAUGUGGGUACAGGCAAGCCAUUAAUGCCAAGACCAGCAGUUGUGAAACUUGUCAGUUGUGAACAGAGAGACUUUAUUUUACAGAAGUCUAUCCUUCUACAGAGCUCAGGGGUCCGGAUUGCUACCAGUGAGGAGCAAAAGCGGCAGAAUGGCCAGAAAACAGAUUCGGUCUCUUUGCAGUCUGGCUUCAAGAAAAAUCAUCACAACUCGGUGAAUCCUGAUGGAGCUCAGAGAACUGGUGCACUCCAGAUGGACUCAUUCCAGGUUAAGUAUAAAAGCACGAGUAGGAAAGCACAAUGCACAGGACAGAGACCCGAUUCUGCGCAGAAAUCAGCCAAGGAUAGCAACUCGGUAUCUGAGACUGGAAAAGAAACACAAAUAACAAGCUGCGGUGAGCAGCCUUCAGAUGACAGUGACAUUCACCAGGUCCUUCAUGAACCUCUGCAAAAUCCACAGGUGACCAAUUUGGCCAAAUCAGGUGAUGGAAAUCACUGCUGCUCAUCUGACUCUUCUGGCCAUGCAAACCAGAUGUGUGCUUCAAAUAAUGGUGGUGAGCACAGGCUUGACACUGAAAAUGUCACUGAGAAUUGCUCUUCCCUUCUAGAAAAAGAUGAGGGCAUAACUACAGAAGAAAUUGAAAUAGACUGUGAUACUUCAUGCAAACUAACCAGUGCAGAGAAAGUUGAUAUUCAAAGAGAAGAUGUUUCUAGUGGGGUGACAACCAUUAGCUAUGAUCAUACAACAGAUGAAAUGGCUGAUAGUAGUGACAGCUUGAAAGAUAUGAUCCAAAUGGACCUGAAUGAUCAAGAUCCAACUGAUCAGGUCUUUAGGGAUGUCCUGGAAAAUUCUCAGUAUUUCCUUGACCAUUCCCGGGAUAACAUUGAUCUUGUAGACAUGAAGUUUUACACUAAUAAGCUUGGGAAAGCUAUUCACCACUUCAGGUCUGCUCUGCAGGUGGUAUUUCAUAAGCUGGAAACAAGUGAUUCUGAAAUCCUUUUGGAAAAUGAUAGUGGCUUACAGAUGGAUGAUGACAACACACUUAUGCUGACCAGUUCAGGUAUGGGUGGCAGCUCUGACAACUUUGCAGAAACCCCUCCUAGUCAGUCCUCUGAGAGCCAGGCAAACACAAAUGUCAACAGCGAAGCAUCUGCUCAGGUGCAAUUUGCUCCUUCCAGUGUUUCCUCUGUUCCUCAUGAGCCUCCUGUUUCCAGUUUGGUGCCAUCAUCUGACUGUGAAAUCCCUACUGGGCAAUGCUUACCUCCUGAGGAGCUUGGAGAAGAUGUGAACACCCUACCUGAGCCAGCAAAGGAGUGCAGACCCAUGAGCCUUGACAAGGUGUGCGCAGAGACCAUCUACCUGAACAAGUGCAUCAACAAUUUCAAAAAUGUGCUGAGGGAAAAGAGACAAAUGCGUAGGAGACUCUUAAAAGAAUUAGCACAGGAAGGAAACUGGAUUUCUGCUGAGGAGACAAAUUCAGAAGGAGGUAGAGGAGAGCUCCAGGUUGGCCAAGAUGUGGCUGAUCCAUCAAAACCACCCUGGCUCAAAGGAGGGCCUGCAGGUGGUCUCUAUGGCAUUGACAGCAUGCCCGAUCUACGCAAAAAAAAGCCAAUUCCACUUGUCAGUGAUCUGGCCAUGUCACUGGUUCAGUCCCGGAAAGCCGGAAUUACCUCAGCAAUGGCCACGAGAACAUCUCUCAAAGAUGAAGAGCUGAAAUCUCAUGUCUAUAAGAAGACCUUGCAAGCCUUAAUUUACCCCAUCUCUUGUACAACCCCACACAACUUUGAGGUGUGGACAGCCACAACUCCUACGUACUGCUACGAAUGUGAGGGGCUGCUGUGGGGUAUCGCACGGCAGGGAAUGCGCUGCGGGGAAUGUGGAGUCAAGUGCCAUGAGAAGUGCCAAGACUUGCUCAACGCUGACUGCUUACAGAGAGCAGCAGAGAAGAGCUCGAAGCACGGAGCUGAAGACCGAACCCAGAAUUUCAUCAUGGCAAUGAAGGAUCGCAUGAAAAUCCGGGAGCGGAACAAGCCAGAGAUCUUUGACUUGAUCAGGGAUGUGUUUUGUGAGAGCAAAAUGACACAUGCGCAGCAGAUGAAGACAGUGAAGCAGAGUGUGCUCGAUGGCACCUCAAAAUGGUCAGCAAAGAUCACGAUCACCGUGGUGUGUGCUCAGGGUCUGCAGGCCAAAGACAAGACUGGGUCCAGCGAUCCGUAUGUAACCGUUCAAGUGGGUAAAACAAAGAAGAGGACAAAAACGAUUUUUGGGAAUCUGAACCCUGUAUGGGAAGAGAAGUUUUACUUUGAGUGCCAUAAUUCCUCUGACCGGAUCAAGGUGCGAGUGUGGGAUGAAGAUGAUGACAUCAAGUCUCGUGUCAAGCAGAGACUGAAACGCGAGUCAGAUGAUUUCCUGGGGCAGACAAUCAUUGAAGUUCGUACUCUGAGCGGAGAAAUGGAUGUGUGGUACAACCUUGAGAAAAGAACAGAUAAGUCUGCAGUGUCCGGGGCUAUUCGUCUGCAAAUCAGUGUGGAGAUCAAAGGCGAGGAGAAGGUGGCUCCAUAUCAUAUUCAGUACACUUGCCUUCACGAGAACCUCUUUCACCAUCUCACAGAUGUGCAAGGGAAUGGGGUGGUGAAGAUCCCUGAUGCCAAAGGAGAUGAUGCCUGGAAGGUGUAUUUUGACGAGACAGCGCAAGAGAUCGUGGAUGAAUUUGCGAUGCGUUACGGCAUUGAAUCAAUAUACCAGGCCAUGACGCAUUUUGCAUGUCUCUCUUCUAAAUACAUGUGCCCAGGCGUGCCAGCUGUGAUGAGCACCUUACUUGCCAAUAUCAAUGCUUAUUAUGCACACACCACUGCCUCCACAAACGUGUCUGCUUCGGACCGCUUUGCAGCCUCCAAUUUUGGGAAAGAACGAUUUGUAAAGCUUCUGGACCAGCUUCAUAAUUCACUUCGGAUUGAUCUCUCAAUGUACAGGAAUAACUUCCCAGCCAGCAGCCGUGAACGCCUGCAGGACCUGAAGUCUACAGUGGAUUUGCUGACCAGCAUCACCUUUUUCAGGAUGAAGGUCCAAGAGCUGCAGAGCCCACCCCGAGCCAGCCAGGUAGUGAAGGACUGUGUAAAAGCUUGUCUCAACUCCACCUACGAGUACAUUUUCAACAACUGUCAUGAGCUGUACAGUCGCGAGUACCAGACAGACCCUAACAAAAGUCAGGACCUUCCUCCUGAGGAACAGGGCCCCAGCAUCAGGAACCUUGAUUUCUGGCCCAAGCUCAUCACUUUGAUAGUUUCCAUCAUAGAAGAGGACAAGAAUUCCUAUACCCCAGUCCUGAAUCAGUUUCCUCAGGAGCUUGCAGUUGGGAAGAUCAGCGCAGAGGUGAUGUGGAGUCUUUUUGCCCAGGAUAUGAAAUACGCCAUGGAAGAGCAUGAGAAACACAGACUGUGUAAAAGUGCGGACUAUAUGAAUUUACACUUCAAAGUGAAGUGGCUGUACAAUGAAUAUGUUCGUGAUCUGCCUGCCUUCCAGGGAAAAGUGCCUGAAUAUCCAGCGUGGUUUGAGCAAUUUGUGAUGCAGUGGCUGGAUGAAAAUGAAGAUGUUUCCUUAGAAUUCCUGCAUGGUGCUCUGGAGAGAGAUAAAAAAGAUGGGUUCCAGCAAACGUCCGAGCAUGCUCUGUUCUCUUGCUCAGUGGUGGACGUCUUCACCCAGCUCAAUCAGAGCUUUGAGAUCAUUAAGAAGCUGGAGUGCCCAGACCCUGUCAUUGUUGCUCAUUAUAAUAGGAGGUUUGCUAAGACUAUUGGGAAAGUGCUGAUGCAGUAUGCUGACAUACUAUCCAAGAGCUUUGAGUCCUACUGUUCCAAGGAGAAACUGCCCUGCAUCCUGAUGAAUAACGUCCAACAGCUGCGGGUGCAGCUAGAGAAGAUGUUUGAAGCCAUGGGUGGUAAAGAGUUGGAUGCAGAAGCAAGUGACCAUCUCAAAGAGCUCCAGGUGAAGCUGAACAAUGUUUUGGAUGAGCUGAGUGCAGUGUUUGGUAACAGCUUUCAGACUCGUAUUGAUGAGUGCGUCAAGCAAAUGUCUGAUAUCCUCUGUCAGGUGAAAGGGACAGCAAAUUCUGCUGCUAAUGCCAGAAACACAGUUGCACAAGAUGCAGAUAAUGUCCUGAGGCCAUUGAUGGAUUUCCUGGAUGGAAACCUGACUCUGUUUGCAACAGUGUGUGAAAAGACAGUGUUGAAGCGGGUGCUGAAAGAGCUCUGGAGGGUGGUAAUGAAUACCAUGGAGAAGCUGAUUGUGCUGCCUCCUCUUACAGACCAUACGGGCACACAGUUGAUUUUCAGUGCUGCUAAGGAACUGGGACACUUGUCAAAGCUGAAGGAUCAUAUGGUGAGAGAAGAAACCAGGAGUCUCACUCCAAAGCAGUGUGCUGUUCUGGACCUGGCACUGGAUACAAUCAAACAAUAUUUCCAUGCUGGUGGGAAUGGCCUGAAGAAAACCUUCUUGGAGAAGAGUCCAGACCUGCAGUCACUUCGAUAUGCUCUCUCUCUCUACACUCAGACCACAGACACUCUCAUCAAAACCUUUGUCCAGAGUCAGACAGCUCAGGUGCAUGAUGGGAAAGGUAUAAGGUUUACCGCUAAUGAGGACGUUCUUCCUGAUAAGGGCUCCGGUGUGGAUGAUCCUGUGGGUGAAGUGUCCAUACAGAUUGACCUGUACACGCACCCAGGGACUGGUGAACACAAGGUCACGGUGAAAGUUGUGGCAGCCAAUGACCUGAAGUGGCAGACGUCUGGCAUGUUCCGUCCAUUUGUUGAAAUCACCAUGAUUGGCCCCCAUCAGAGUGACAAGAAGAGGAAGUUCACAACCAAGUCAAAGAGCAACAACUGGGCUCCAAAAUACAAUGAAACCUUUCACUUCAUCCUGGGGAAUGAAGAUGGCCCCGAUGCCUAUGAGCUCCAAGUCUGUGUGAAGGAUUACUGCUUCGCUCGGGAGGACCGGGUACUGGGGAUAGCAGUGAUGCAGCUCAGAGACAUAGCAGACAAAGGAAGCUGUGCUUGCUGGUGCCCCCUUGGGCGCAGGAUUCACAUGGAUGAGACUGGACUUACAAUCUUGAGGAUUCUCUCUCAGAGAACCAAUGAUGAAGUUGCCAGAGAAUUUGUAAAGUUGAAAUCUGAAUCCCGCUCCACAGAGGAAGGCACCUGAGCUGAGCUGUGUAAUAUUCCCUUUUCUCUUCUGCCUUGUGCCAAUAUGUGCAAGUGUUCAACAAUUCUCUUUUAUUAAUUGCAAAAGGUUUUUUUUCAUGUUGUCUUUGUCAGCUCCGAUAGCGCACGUGUGCUGUAUAGGAAACAAAUCCAUCAAUCUGAUGUGAAUUAUUUAUUUUUUAGUAGCUGGGUAAGACACCAUAGAGAAUGAGACAAUCUCUUAUUUAAGAUGCAAAUUCUGCUUUGUGUAUAUAAAUUAUUUUAUAUUGGAGGCUGGAGUUGCUGGGUUUUGUUGAUAUGCAGCACUGUGAUUUUAUCCUCUGAAGUUGGCAGGCAUUAAAAAGGUUCUACAUAAUCACGCUACGAUGCAAACACACAACUGUGUGGAAAUUGGGAGGAGAUGAUUUGGGGGCUUGACAAAGCACAGUUAUCUCUCAUUGAAUUCAUGUACUGUGGAGCUGCCUGGGGAUCUUCUGUCACAGGUUAUGCCAACAUGGUAUGCAGACACCUCAACAUCUGCUUAAAAAGGAAGUGGCAGAUCGCUCUGGAGAUGCACACCGGAUGAAUGUGUGUCCAUGGGUGUGCUGCUCUGAGCAUGGGAGACAAGUGCGGAGGGGCCUAAUAUCUCAUAGCCAAAAGCUGCGAAGGCAACACACCAGGAGCAGGCUGCAGCUGCCCUGCCAUUGUAAUUAGACAGUGUGUCUCGGAGAAUAUAAAUCCCCACGUGCUGCUGGGAAUCUCACGCCGCCGUGGGGGUGCUGUAAAGCUGCUCAGCUCCGCAAGGCACGCUCCGGCUACCGUGACCAACACGGUAAGGAAGGGAUCAGCGUUAGAGUCGUAGAGUUAGAGCCGUGACAAAUUACAUGGCUGCUAUGUACUUUUUUUUCCACUUCAAUAUUCUUUUGUUAGUUUUUGACAGAGGAUUGGAUAAUUUCAUACUUGCAGGCUUUCUGUAGCAUUUUGUUACCCUGGAGUGUAGCUAAGACCAUUCCUCACUAUGAACCCAGAAACGAUGGCUUGCCUGGGAGAGAGGAAGAAGCCUCCCCUCUGCAAGCCCUCAGUCUGGAGUGCUGAUCAAGGGGCAGCACGUUUGUUUGGUUCUGAUCUUGAAGAUGCUGUGAUUGAUCCACGCUGAUUGUUAUUAAUCUUACGAUACCAUUGAUGAUACCAUUGAAAUAUUUUUGCACUGUCUUAAAGAAGCAUCCUGCUUUUGUUUUCUUGCAAAACAAAACACUGUCCUGAGCGAAGUAAUUGCAGGGAGGUCAGAAUUUCUGACUGAAUAUUCGUAAGCAGGAAGGUCUGGAGUGGUGAUUGCACCUGAGGUAUGUUUGUUGGAGGGUUUUUAUUGGGGAUAUUUUUGCUUUUCCAGCUGCCCUUGUGCUCUGGAAAGUGCA